AUGUCACAGACUGUAGUAAUCUUGAGGUACGUGAAGCUUGGGUUAUAUAACUUCAUUACUCACAUCUUAACCUUAUGUGUCAUCGUCCCUCUCAUUCUCAAUCUUGUAACUCUCAAUCGUGACGAGGUAAUCUCGCAAAUGAACUUGGAGUUUGUUCGCCACCUUUGGCUCUACCUCCAGCACAAAUCGGGGAAUGCACUUGUUUACUUAACUUUGGUUCUAUUGAUCGGUUACUUUAUUGUUUAUAUGAUGACUCCCCCUCGUCCUGUCUACCUGCUGGACUACUCCCUCUAUAACGCGCCUCAGGCCCAGAAAGUUGGGUUCCAUCGGUUUAGGAAGCUGUUGGGGCUUUUUAGGGAGUUUCAUGAAUCGUCCAUCGAAUUCCAGGCCAAGAUACUUUCGCGCUCUGGGAUAGGGGAGGAGUCCUAUGGACCCGACGGACUGCAACGACUGCCACCGGCCACUACUUUAGCCUUAUCCAGGGAAGAGACGGAGCAAGUUGUAUUUGGCGCCUUGGACAAUCUCUUUGCCAACAACUCCUCCGUCAAGGCCGAGGACAUUGGAAUCCUCGUCGUGAACUGCAGCCUGUUCUGUCCGUCACCUUCGAUUUCCUCCAUGAUUGUCAGUAAGUAUAAAUUACGAGAGAGCAUCAAGAGCUUUAGCCUUGGAGGUAUGGGAUGCAGCGCUGGACUUGUUUCCAUUAACGUCGCUCAGGAGUUGCUGAAGGUUUGUCCAAACACCUACGCCCUCGUUGUUAGUACCGAAAACCUUACACAGAACUUUUACUUUGGCAACAACAAAUCUAUGCUAGUGACCAACUGCUUAUUCCGGGUUGGUGGGGCAGCUAUUUUGCUGUCAAACAAGUCGAUUGACAAGCACCGGGCCAAGUACAAACUUGUUCAUGUCGUCAGGACCCACUCUGGGGCCGACAAUAAGGCAUACCUCUGCGUGCAGCGAGACGAAGAUGAAGUCGGCGGAGCUGGUAUCUCCCUAUCCAAGGAUCUCAUCGCCAUCGCCGGACUAUCACUCAAGGCCAACAUCACCAGAUUGGGCCUUCUCGUCCUACCAAUCAGUGAGCAGCUUGUUUUCAUAGCCACCCUGCUGGCUAAGAAGGUGUUCAGAACCAAGAUCAAGGCUUAUGUUCCAGACUUCAAGCAGGUGUUCGACCAUUUCUGCAUACAUGCCGGUGGAAAGGCCGUGAUCGAAGGGAUGGAGAAGAACCUGCAAUUGCUGCCGAUAAAUGUAGAGGCUUCACGGAUGACUCUGCAUCGUUUCGGCAACACAUCAUCGAGCUCCCUCUGGUAUGAACUAGCCUACAUAGAAGCCAAGGGUAGGAUGCGGGAGGGCCACCGCAUCUGGCAGAUUGCGUUCGGGAGUGGCUUCAAGUGUAACAGCGCUGUUUGGAAAGCUCUUCGGAAUGUGACGCCCUCACCUAAGAGUCCAUGGGAAGAUUGCAUCGACAAAUAUCCUGUCCAAGUAGGUCCUUAA